CCGCCGGAAGUUCCGUCCACAGGAAGUUCCGCUCCUCAAAGACUUCCGGUCGGGGCGCGGGGUCGGAGCGGCCGCGGCAGGGCCGGGCCAUGGCGAACCACGCGCGGUUCGUGGCCCGCACGGUGAUGGUGCAGAACGGCAACGUGGAGGCGGCCUACGGAGUCCUCAACAGGAUCCUGGCGCAGGACGGGAUCGCCGAUGCCGUGCGGCGCUCCCGGUACUACGAGAAGCCGACCCGGCAGCGGCGGCGCCGGGCGUACGAGGCGUGCCGGCGGGUGUACUGCGCCGAGAUGGCCCGCAAGAUCGCCUUCUUGGCGCGGACCAGCCGGCAGGACCCGUGGCUGGGCUGCUGACCCCAUAAAACCCAAUAAACCCCAUAAAACCCAAUAAACCCCCAAUAAAAACCCGUUAA